UUUGUUCUCGAGUCUCUUAAGUGGAAAAAAAAAAGCUUGAACUUGCCGCUCUGCUCUCCGAUAAUGGCGAACAAUCCAUCGCAGCUUCUUCCAUCAGAGUUAAUCGACAGGUGUAUAGGAUCGAAGAUAUGGGUGAUAAUGAAAGGAGACAAGGAGCUUGUGGGUACUCUCCGAGGGUUCGAUGUGUACGUCAACAUGGUCCUUGAGGAUGUCACCGAGUAUGAGAUUACAUCGGAAGGGAGAAGGAUCACGAAGCUCGAUCAGAUUUUGCUCAACGGAAACAAUAUUGCCAUUCUGGUUCCUGGUGGCUCUCCAGAGGCAGAAUGAGAUCGUGAUCUUUUAUUCAUCUCGAUUGUUUGGUAACGCGGGAAGAGGUGUAACAUCGGUAAGAGUGAUCAAAGCUUCAAUAGAAACUACGUACUAGUCGCUGGGUUCAUCUUGUGUAACGGAGAGAUUGCUUCAUGUUUGAAGAUUUGCAUUGCAAAUCAAUGAAAGCUUCACGUUUAUUGGCUUCAACACUUGUUGCUUCUGUUUGGAUUCACGUGGUCUGCAACACAAGUGAUGGAGAUCCACGGACACAACAUAAAAGAGUCAUUCUUGAUGUUUCUUGUUAGCCAUAUUUGAAGACAGCAUAACUAUAACCUGUAGAUGUGGCUUCGGACCAAUGCACAGAGACAUUGGGGAUUGCAUGAGUAAUAUCUGGACGAUGAUGAUGCACUUUAAUUA